CGACACUCCACGGGCCAAAAGCUGGUGGGGCCAAUUCAUUCCCAGCGUUAGUAACUCACCAAAAAAAAAAUUGCUGAGCUACUUGUUCAUCAUGAACCCCGGAUCACUUUGAAUUCCGUUUUCUCUUUUUUAAUCUAUUUCUCCUAUCCUCAAUUUCAGGGCUUCAAAAGUGGUGGCUCUUUUGAACAAUCAAUUCUUACUCCGUGACUAGCCACCGUCCGGAACUUCCCUGUAUAUUACUUUGUAACAGCAGCGCUGUUUAAUACUCCGACACACUUUAUCCUUUACCCCCCCGCAUGGUCGUUGAGUCGGCCUAAUUGAUCGAUACAUCAUGGGCGUCCCCAACGGAAACUCAGCAAACGGUAGCAGUAUCCCGGCUAAAGAUACUAUUCCUUCACAUUUCAUCGGUGGCAACAACCUCGAUGCCGCGCCUCCAAGUGCCGUCAAGGACUUUGUGGCCAAACAUGGAGGUCACUCCGUGAUCAGCUCCGUGCUGAUCGCCAACAACGGUAUCGCCGCCGUCAAGGAGAUCCGCUCAGUGCGGAAAUGGGCCUAUGAGACAUUUGGCAAUGAGCGCGCAAUUCAAUUCACUGUGAUGGCGACUCCCGAGGAUUUGCACGCCAACGCCGACUACAUUCGCAUGGCCGAUCAAUACGUCGAGGUGCCGGGUGGCACAAAUAAUAAUAAUUAUGCCAACGUCGAGCUCAUCGUCGAUGUGGCAGAGCGCAUGGAUGUCCACGCCGUGUGGGCUGGUUGGGGUCACGCUUCCGAGAACCCUCGGUUACCCGAGUCGUUGGCGGCGUCGCCAAAGAAGAUUAUCUUCAUUGGUCCCCCAGCCUCGGCCAUGCGCUCCCUGGGAGACAAGAUUUCCUCCACCAUUGUUGCACAGCACGCCGGAGUUCCCUGUAUCCCGUGGUCCGGAACCGGUGUCGACGAUGUGGAAGUUGACGAGCAUGGAAUUGUGACCGUGAAGGACGAUAUCUACGCCAAGGGUUGCACAACAUCCCCAGCUGAGGGUCUGGAGAAGGCCAAGCAGAUUGGUUUCCCCGUUAUGAUCAAGGCCUCCGAGGGUGGUGGUGGUAAGGGUAUUCGCAAGGUCGACAACGAGGAGGACUUUGUCUCCCUGUACAACGCCGCCGCCAACGAGAUCCCCGGAUCGCCCAUCUUUAUUAUGAAGCUGGCUGGAAACGCCCGCCACUUGGAGGUGCAAUUGCUGGCCGAUCAGUACGGUAACAACAUUUCGCUUUUCGGCCGUGAUUGUUCCGUGCAGCGUCGUCACCAGAAGAUCAUUGAGGAGGCUCCCGUCACCAUUGCCAAGCAGCCUACUUUCCAGGCCAUGGAGAAGGCCGCCGUCAGCCUGGGUCGCCUGGUCGGUUACGUCUCUGCCGGUACCGUCGAGUACCUGUACUCGCACUCCGACGACAAGUUCUACUUCCUCGAGUUGAACCCCCGUCUCCAGGUCGAGCAUCCCACCACUGAGAUGGUCUCCGGUGUCAACCUGCCCGCUGCUCAGCUCCAGAUUGCCAUGGGUAUUCCCCUGCACCAGAUCCGUGAUAUUCGUCUGCUCUACGGUGUCGACCCCAACACCGCCUCCGAGAUUGACUUUGACUUCUCCAGCGAGGAGAGCUUCAAGACCCAGCGUCGCCCCCAGCCCAAGGGCCACACCACUGCUUGUCGUAUCACCUCCGAAGAUCCUGGCGAGGGCUUCAAGCCUUCCAGCGGUACCAUGCACGAGCUGAACUUCCGUAGUUCUUCCAACGUCUGGGGUUACUUCUCCGUCGGUACUGCCGGUGGUAUUCACAGUUUCUCCGACAGUCAGUUCGGUCACAUUUUCGCCUACGGUGAGAACCGAUCUGCCUCGCGGAAGCACAUGGUUGUGGCGCUGAAGGAGUUGAGUAUUCGUGGUGAUUUCCGUACCACUGUCGAGUACCUGAUCAAACUGCUUGAGACUCCUGCCUUCGAGGACAACACCAUCACCACCGGAUGGUUGGAUCAGCUCAUCUCCAACAAGCUGACUGCUGAGCGUCCCGACCCGAUCGUUGCCGUUCUUUGCGGUGCCGUCACCAAGGCGCACUUGGCCAGCGAGGAGGGUAUCGAGGAGUACCGCAAGAGCCUUGAGAAGGGUCAGGUCUCUUCCAAGGAUGUUCUGAAGACCGUCUUCCCCGUCGACUUCAUUUACGAGGGUGCCCGUUACAAGUUCACCGCCACCCGUGCCGGUCUUGACAGCUACCACUUGUUCAUCAACGGUUCCAAGUGCUCCGUUGGUGUGCGUGCCCUGGCUGACGGUGGUCUGCUCGUUCUGCUGGACGGCCGCAGUCACAACGUUUACUGGAAGGAGGAGCCUGCUGCCACUCGUAUCAGUGUGGAUGGUAAGACUUGCCUUCUGGAGCAGGAGAACGACCCCACUCAGCUCCGCACUCCUUCUCCCGGUAAGCUUGUCAAGUUCACCGUGGAGAACGGUGAGCACGUCCGUGCUGGUCAGCCCUACGCUGAGGUUGAGGUUAUGAAGAUGUACAUGCCCCUCAUUGCCCAGGAGGAUGGUAUUGUGCAGCUCAUCAAGCAGCCUGGUGCCACUCUUGAGGCUGGCGACAUCCUCGGAAUCCUCGCCCUGGAUGACCCCUCCCGCGUCAAGCACGCCACUCCCUUCUCUGGACAGCUGCCUGACCUUGGCUCGCCUACUGUGGUCGGUACUAAGGCUCCCCAGCGCUUCACUCUGCUCUACAGCAUCUUGGAGAACAUUCUCCGUGGUUUCGACAACCAGGUCAUCAUGGGUACCACCCUGAAGGAGCUCGUUGAGGUCCUCCGCAACCCGGAUCUGCCCUACGGAGAGUGGACCGCUCAGUUCUCGGCUCUGCACUCUCGUAUGCCCCAGAAGCUGGAUGCCCAGCUUGGUGCUGUUGUCGAGAAGGCUCGUGUUCGUCAGGCCGAGUUCCCUGCUAAGCAGCUCCAGAAGACCAUUGUCCGCUUCAUUGAGGACAACGUCAACCCUGCCGAUGCUGACAUCUUGCGCACCACUCUUCUGCCCCUGGUUCACGUCAUCAACAAGUACCUCGACGGUCUUAAGGUGAACGAGUACAAUGUCUUCAUUUCUCUGCUCCAGCAGUACUACGACGUUGAGAAGCUUUUCUCCACCGGCACCAAGCGUGACGAGGAUGUUAUUCUCAAGCUCCGUGAGGAGAACAAGGAGGACAUCACCAAGGUUGUUCACACUGUUCUCUCCCACAGCCGUGUUGGCUCCAAGAACAACCUGAUCCUGGCUAUCCUGGACAUGUACCGUCCCAACCAGCCCGAGGUUGGCAAUGUUGCCCCCUACUUCAAGCCUGUCUUGAAGAAGUUGACUGAUCUCGAGGCUCGCUCCACCGCUAAGGUCACUCUUAAGGCUCGUGAGGUCCUUAUCCAGUGCGCCAUGCCUUCCCUGGAGGAGCGUCUAACUCAGAUGGAGCACAUCCUGCGCUCUUCCGUCGUUGAGUCCAGCUACGGCGAGACUGGUUGGGAGCACCGUGAGCCUGAGUUUGCUGCCCUGAAGGAGGUUGUCGAUUCCAAGUACACCGUUUUCGAUGUGCUUCCUCGCUUCUUCGUCCACCAGGACCCUUGGGUCACCCUUGCUGCUCUGGAGGUUUACGUUCGCCGUGCUUACCGUGCCUACACUCUGAAGGGUAUCGAUUACCACGCCGGUUCGGAGGUCCCCUUCCUGACCUGGGACUUCACCCUGAGCAAGGUCGGCAACCAGGCUGAGUUUGGCUCUGUGUCUUCCACCCAGCCCUCCGCUCCUGGCACUCCCACUGCCGAGAUCCCCAGCCCCUUCAAGCGCAUCAACUCCAUCAGUGAGAUGUCCUACAUGGCCAAUGACCCAUCCACCGACCCCGUCCGCAAGGGUGUUAUCAUCCCCGUUCAAUACCUGGAGGAUGCUGAGGAGUCCUUGUCUAAGGCUCUGGAGGCUUUCCCCCGUGCCCCGCUCAAGGCUGUCGGUGGUAACGGUCUGAUUGCCAACCUGGAGGGCAAGCGUCGUCCCACUGCCAAGCUUGAGAACGACAGUGAGCUCACUGGUGUCUGCAACAUCGCCAUCCGUGACAUCGAGAACCUGGAUGACGCUGAGCUUGUCUCUCAGAUGCAGGAGCUCCUUGCUAGCACCAAGGAUGAGCUGCUUGCUCGCCGUAUUCGUCGCAUUACUUUCAUCUGUGGCAAGAAGGGUGUGUACCCCGGUUACUUCACCUUCCGUGGCCCCAACUACGACGAGGAUGUCAGUAUCCGUCACAACGAGCCUGCCCUCGCUUUCCAGCUUGAGCUGGGCCGUCUGUCCAAGUUCAAGAUCACCCCUGUCUUCACCGAGAACCGUAACAUCCACGUUUACGAGGCUAUUGGUAAGGGUCCUGAGAACGACAAGGCUGUUGACAAGCGCUACUUCGUUCGUGCUGUCGUCCGUCCUGGUCGUCUCCGCGAUGACAUUCCUACUGCCGAGUACCUGAUCUCGGAGGCUGAUCGUCUGAUGACCGAUAUUCUGGAUGCUCUGGAGAUCAUUGGCAACAACAACUCUGAUCUUAACCACAUCUUCAUCAACUUCUCCCCCGUCUUCAACCUCGAGCCCGUCGAUGUUGAGCAGGCUCUUGCUGGCUUCCUUGACCGCUUCGGUCGCCGUCUGUGGCGUCUGCGUGUCACUGGUGCUGAGAUUCGUAUCCUCUGCACUGACCCCACCACUGGAAUGGCCUACCCUCUGCGUGUUAUCAUCAGCAACACCUACGGUUUCAUCAUCCAGGUUGAGCUCUACAUUGAGCGCAAGUCCGAGAAGGGAGAGUGGAUCUUCCAGAGCAUUGGUGGUACCACCAAGCUUGGCUCCAUGCACAUGCGCCCUGUGUCCACCCCCUACCCUACCAAGGAGUGGUUGCAGCCCAAGCGUUACAAGGCACACCUCAUGGGAACUCAGUACGUCUACGAUUUCCCCGAGCUCUUCCGCCAGGCCUUCCAGAACAGCUGGACCAAGGCUCUCGCGACCAUCCCAUCUCUGUCCUCCCAGCGUCCUCCUGUUGGCGAGUGCAUCGACUACAGCGAGCUUGUGCUGGAUGACACCGACAACCUGGUCGAGGUCUCCCGUGAGCCCGGUACCAACAGCCACGGUAUGGUCGGAUGGAUUGUCACUGCCCGUACCCCUGAGUACCCCCGCGGUCGUCGUUUCAUCAUCGUCGCCAACGACAUCACCUUCCAGAUUGGUUCAUUCGGUCCCCAGGAAGACAAGUUCUUCCACAAGUGUACUGAGCUGGCUCGCAAGCUUGGUAUUCCCCGUAUCUACCUGUCUGCCAACUCCGGUGCCCGUAUCGGUAUGGCUGAUGAGCUGAUUCCCUUCUUCUCUGUUGCCUGGAACGAUGCUUCCAAGCCCGAGGCUGGCUUCAAGUACCUCUACCUUACUCCUGAGGUCAAGAAGCGCUUCGACGCUAGCAAGCAGAAGGAGGUCAUCACCGAGCUCAUCCACGAGGACGGUGAGGAGCGUCACAAGAUCACCACUGUCAUUGGUGCCAAGGACGGUCUUGGUGUUGAGUGUCUGAAGGGCUCUGGUCUUAUUGCCGGUGCCACUUCCAAGGCUUACGAGGACAUCUUCACCAUCACCCUGGUUACCUGCCGCUCUGUCGGUAUUGGUGCCUACCUGGUUCGUCUUGGUCAGCGUGCUAUCCAGGUUGAGGGUCAGCCCAUCAUCCUCACUGGUGCUCCUGCCAUCAACAAGCUCCUUGGUCGUGAGGUUUACACCUCCAACCUGCAGCUCGGUGGUACCCAGAUCAUGUACAAGAACGGUGUUUCCCACAUGACUGCCAACGAUGACUUCGAGGGUGUGCAGAAGAUUGUUGAGUGGAUGUCCUUCGUUCCUGACAAGAAGAACGCUCCCGUUCCCAUCCGCCCCUGGUCUGACAACUGGGACCGUGACAUUGCUUACUUCCCUCCUUCUGACAAGCAGGCCUACGAUGUCCGCUGGUUGAUCGCUGGUAAGCAGGAUGAGGAGGGCUUCCUCCCUGGUCUGUUCGACAAGGACUCCUUCGAGGAGGCUCUUGGUGGCUGGGCCAAGACUGUCGUUGUUGGUCGUGCUCGUCUCGGCGGUAUCCCUAUGGGUGUCAUCGCUGUUGAGUCCCGCUCGGUCGAGAACGUCACUCCUGCUGACCCCGCCAACCCCGACUCCAUGGAGAUGAUCACCCAGGAGGCUGGUGGUGUGUGGUACCCCAACUCCGCCUACAAGACCGCCCAGGCUCUGCGUGACUUCAACAACGGUGAGCAGCUGCCUGUCAUGAUCUUGGCCAACUGGAGAGGUUUCUCUGGUGGUCAGCGUGACAUGUACAACGAGGUGCUCAAGUACGGUUCGUACAUUGUCGAUGCUCUCGUCAAGUACGAGCAGCCCGUCUUCGUCUACAUUCCUCCCUUCGGUGAGCUCCGUGGUGGAUCUUGGGUCGUUGUUGACCCUACGAUCAACCCCGAGCAGAUGGAGAUGUACGCCGAUGAGGAUGCCCGUGGUGGUGUCCUCGAGCCCGAGGGUAUCGUCGGUAUCAAGUUCCGCCGUGACAAGCAGCUCGAGACCAUGGCCCGUCUCGACCCCACCUACGGCGAGCUCCGCCGCUCCCUGGAGGACACCUCCCUCACCAACGAGCAGCUCUCCGAUAUCAAGAUCAAGAUGGCCGCCCGUGAGGAGCAGCUUCUGCCCGUCUACAUGCAGAUUGCCCUCCAGUUCGCCGACCUGCACGACCGCGCUGGUCGCAUGAAGGCCAAGAACACCAUCCGUCAAGCCCUCAAGUGGCAGAACGCCCGUCGCUUCUUCUACUGGCGUCUGCGCCGCCGUCUCAGCGAAGAGCUCAUCGUCAAGCGCAUGGUCACCGCCUCUCCCUCCCCCGCUCCCCGCACUGGUUCCGCUGGUGCUAUCCCCAACACCGGUGUUACUCACCCCACCGUCGAGUCUCCCCGUGCUAUUCACCUCAAGAGCCUCCGUGCCUGGACCGGUCUCCUUGAUGAUGAACUCGAGCACGACGACCACAAGGUUGCCAUGUGGUACGAGGAGAACAAGAAGCUCGUCCAGUCUAAGGUCGAGGCUCUCCGUACUGAGGGUGUUGCUUCCGAGGUUGCCCAGCUUCUCAUCGGAAACAAGGAGGGUGGUCUCCUUGGUGUUCAGCAGGUUCUCUCUAUGCUUCCCGUUGAGGAGCGUGAGUCUGUCCUGAAGUACCUCGGCUCCGCGUAGUGUCAGAGACACAGUGUGAAGCAAAAUAGAGUUCUCUUAUGAAAUGAUGUUGAUGUGAUUUUUUUGUUUCUGUUAAAGCUUUUGCAUCGGUGUUUUGUGAUCGGUUUUUUCUUUUUUAUUAUUCUAUGA